UUGAAGCUGAGAAUAUGAUGGACAGGAUUGUGAGUGGUUUAUCGGAGUCAAGUAUCAAGGUGCGGUUGGCAGCUGUUAGGUGCCUGCAUAGUCUUUCCAGAUCAGUGCAACAACUCCGAACUAGUUUCCAAGACCAUGCUGUAUGGAAACCAUUAAUGAAGCUUUUACAGAAUGCACCAGAAGAGGUGUUGGUGAUGGCUUCAUCAACAUUAUGCAACCUGCUGCUUGAAUUCUCCCCCAGCAAAGAG